AUGGAGGGACGUGCAAUUGCAGUGAUCAGCUUUCUGUGUCUAUAUGCUACUCCGGAUUCCAUCAAUGGCAAUGAUGUUCGUAUGAUUGGAAUCUAUGGCCCAUCCGGCAGCGGGAAAGCCACCGUCGCCAUGGCCGUUUACAACGCAAUUCUCUCGUCCAGCACUUACAUUGCCAGCCUCGGGGAAAGCCUCCACAACACGGAUAAGGCUGUUUCGAUUGCAGAGAAGCAGCUGGCCUACGAAAUUGAUGGUGAAGGUCCUGAAGGAGUACAGUACUCUGUCCACUCUCAGCACCUAUAG